AGGGUUGUUUUUAUAAGGUUAUUACACAAGCAUACUCCACAAUGAUGAGAUAUUGUCUGCUUUGGGCCUUAACCCUCACGGUUUUUCUUUUGGUCAUCACCUAAAAGGCCUCUCAAUCAUUGAAACGAGCAAGGAAAUACAAAAAAGACUAGGUUGACAAAACCAGGAGUAUUUGAGAUGCCACGUGGUGAACGUAUAGUUGUGUCAUUUGAUAGGAAAAAAUGAGCCUGUGGAAAAGCAACGACACUUCUUUUAGGAGCUUGUGGCGCAUUUCCAUUGAUUCAAAAAAUAUUCCCAUUAACUUUGACAAUUGGAUAAAAGUUCCAAAAUCAUAUAAGGAUGAUUGCUUUAACACUUUAAAGGCUUCAGAAUUGAUUGCUAAGCAUUAUUGUUCACUUGCCAUGUCAAGAAAGUAUAGGAAUGCAAAGAUGAAUAUGUGGAACCGUGUUUAUGACCCUUCAUUGUCUAGAGAACAAUUAAUCACUAAAGUUCCUAAUGGUAUUCAUAAAGAUCAAUGGUCAUCAUUUGUUUACUAUCAUCUAAGGCCAAAUUAUCAGGAAUUGUGCAAAAAAAAUACUAAAGUAAGAAAAAAGCAAACGAUUCCACAUAUCGAUGGUGCAAAAUUGUUGUCUACGAAACAACAUGAGAUGGAACAAGAGCUUGGACGUGUUGUGGGUCGAGGUGAACUAUACAUUGUAACUCACAAGAAAAAGAUGGGUCUUAUGUCAAUGAAGAGGCAAGGUCUAUUGGGAUAACUUUCUUAUUAUGAAUAAGAAACUAUAUGAUUGUAAAGGUGCAAAGAUGCAUGAAAGACAUGACGAUAUUAAUAACAACCUACGAAGGAAACAAAAUCUCAUCGAUUAUUGGAGCUCAUGGAAGCAGUGAUGGAAUAAAUAACAAUAGCAAUGGCCAAAGUGUUUCGCGUCUUAAUGGGAUACCUAUUUUUCCUGGAUCUACGUCCACUUAGUUUUCACAUUUAACCAAAUCUCCCUAUUUUGUUCCACCAUCAUGAAAUGGAUAAACAAGAUUUAAGACCUAGAUUAAUUUCAGUCAAGUUCAAUCAUUUCUCCUCCUGAAUGAAUACACCU